AUGGUGACAAUCAACAAGAUCAUAACGCGUAUUACAGAGACUCGCUGGUCGAAACUCUAUAUUGCAACUGCGGCAGUACAAGCGCUUAUCAUCAUUAUAUUACAAGCGCUGAUAUGUUCUCAAAACACACUACAAGCAGCAUAUCUACCAGAGCCGUCCGAAGUUAAUGUACUCUAUUCGACCAUAAAUGGCGACGACGCAAAGAUACCAGAACAAGCAGCCGAUCGUUUGGGACGUAUUAAAUGGGAAAACCUUGCAUUUAUUGGAUUCCAAGUAUGGUUUCUUGGCAUGGUCUUUGAUGCUACCGUAUAUCAAAACACAGCCGAAAUCCUUGCCCUGGCUUUUCUCAAUGCAGUAUGUGCUGUGUUAGGUGCCUUGCAAGUGGUCGAUGGUGUCCGAUGGCUGGAUCGAUUAAGCACUACCGAUUAUCCAACUACGCCCCUGCAAACAGCCAUGCGACUUGAAAUUGCUCUCUCAGUGGUGAUUCUUUUAUUUGCCUGUGCCAUGAUCUAUCUCAGUUACGGCAUGUCUCGACAAUUUGGAUGGAACAUUUACAAGAAAAUCGGUGCCGAUGUUCAAAUGCAACGCAUGUACCGCAUGUUUCAAUUCUUUGUUCUUGGUCUUAAGAUUGACAUUUUCAUGGAGUUCUUGGUUUCUUUGUUCUAUGUGAUUCAAUUUGGCAUGACAUCCGAUAUCGUUACAUGGGAAUCUGGUAUCCAAAUUGUCGUCACCAUUCUUAUAUUGCCAAUGCUUUAUUUUGCACGCACUGCGGGAAGCACCGAAAGCUAUGGUCGAAUGAUUACAUUUGUCACUUUUGAAGGCAUUGUCAUUGUUCACUUUUCAUUGAUGCUAUCACAAACCGUACAGCCUUACAACAAUUGGUAUACCUGGAUCUGCCUCGUGGUUAUUGGCAUUUUGCUCACGGCAGCAACUGGUGUAUUGGGUGUCAUUUGCAUGAAAAACUUUGGACGUGGUCUGAAAGCUUAUGUUCAACGUGGUCGAUCUAAAAAGGAGCGACAAGAUGUAGAAAUGGCGAGCAAAAACGAUACAGCCUGGCAAAUUGACGAAGAUUAG